AUGGGUGCACUACCUAUUGCACAUGCUCGUACAUUGUUACUGCUUUAUCGACAUCACACAGAGUUUUCAAGCACAAAAGGAGAGUUGCAUGGUAUCCAAAAGGCAUUUCACCGUCUUGUAGCAUGGACAGGAAAAACUGUUGAUGGAAAGGACAAGCAAUAUGCAAUAGUUGAUGUGGAUUUGGAGGCUUUGAAAUUACUUGAAGGAAUGUUGUUUGAUAUAUCAGAAAAUGCAGGAGAGGCUGGGAAUCAACAAUGGGGUUUAGAUGCAGGUUCUCAUCUGCAAAACUGGAAUCCAUGGGCAGAGCUUGGUCCAGAAAACUACUGUACAACUAAACGUGAGGGUGAUGAUGAGAUUGAAUGUCAGGUAAAAUUUGUUCAAGUAUAG